AUGUUGAUUUUUUCAUUGUCAACAUCAAGAACGUGUCUGGUGUUGAUGCCGCAAGUCUGCCGUGACAUGCAGUUUGAGCCUCAUACGAAGGUAGCAGCUGUAUGCCGCUGUUUCAGUUCAGGAUUUUUAACUGCCACAAGUGGACUAAAUCUCGCCUCUCCAACCAAUGAGACAAUCGUAAGCACGUGCCGGAUCCACAAGGCGGGGAUUGGAGGCCCCCUUGUCGAUUUUGAUGGCAACUUUGUCGGGAUGAACUCCUCUCGUACCAAAAUGGAGAAGACUGCCUACGUGCGAAGGGAGGGAAUUUUCCGAUUCUUGGUGCUUCACGGGAAGGUCAGUGUUAGAGUUAAGGAAGGGUUUGAUGAUGCUUCAAGGGCAAGAAUGAACAGUGAGAUGAAAGCAAUUAGGCCAAGUUUGAGUGCUAAGUCCGUAGAGAAAUUGAGUAAAUCCAGAAAAGGUGCCUUGAGUAAGCAAGUACUUUCCAGAUUAAGCAUGAGCAUUGUGGCGCUGGCCUCAUUCGAUGGUGAUACCCAAUUACACGAAUGCACGGGCACAUGCAUCGAAAGCUCAUGUCCUGAUGCUACGUGUUUCCUGACAUCGAUAAAUUUGAUUCCUUAUACUUGGUGGUUAGGGAAGAUCACUGAAAGUUUGACGAUUAAAGUACGCCUUCCUGAUGAUCAGAUUGUCACUGGGUGGAUAGAGAAUCCUGAGAUAUAUGUUGAUUUUUUUAUCGUCAAAAUCAAGAACGACGAUGUUAUUGAUCCCCUCCAUCUAUGUCAUCUAAGUCUUGAUCGUGCCACGCAGUUUGAGCCUUAUAGGAAGGUAGCAGCUGUAUGGCGGCAUUAUGAUUCAGGAGAAUUAAAGGCCACAAGUGGAGUAGAUCUUGCCUCUGUAUGCGCUCUUACAGAUGAGGAGAUGUUAAGCACAUGCCGUAUCCAUGAGGUGGGGAUUGGAGGUCCCCUUGUUGAUUUUGAUGGCAACUUUGUUGGGAUGAACUGCUCUGGUACCAAACAAAGAAAGACCCCCUACGUACAAAGGCCUUCAAUUCGUGAAUUCAUGUAG